GCGUCGAUGCGUCAUUGACUUGAAUUUGAAUUUGUCUUAUGUUUGUCGGAUUGCAACUAUCCCGCCAACGGUCGCUUGUGCACUCGCGCUCGGUAGACUACGCCGGGGAUACAAUUGUAUAUGUUUUGCCGCGAUACUUUCUCCUAAUUCUAUAUAGCGUGUAAAAAAUCAACAAACGUACAUCGUUCAAGAUCCAUCAUCAUUCUCGAAAUUGAAACAAUAACCAACUGGCCUGUUCAGUGAUCACGCACAUCCUUGACAGUGUCAAUACAAUGCCUCCACUUUGAAGAUUAUGCUAAUUUGCUAUUGUCCAAGUGCUGUGAUCUCGCAUGUUGCAGGAUGCUUUCGAGUAUACCCAGAAGGGCUUCAACAUCAAAUAAAUCUGAAUCAAGAUGGUAUUCAAUAAACGAGAUUUAAACAAGGCUUUUUCGCCUAGUAAAAUGAAAAAAUUUGGGAAACGAAGAUCUGCUGGAUUAGUAGUAAAACCUAGUACCAGUGGAAGUACAUCUGCUGUGCGCAGCGAAGCUGCUCAAACGAACAUAAAAGUUAUUGUUCGUGUAAGACCGCACAAUGAAAAAGAAUCACAAGAUAAUUUUAAAACCGUAGUGAAAAUCAUAGAUGACAGAAUGCUUGUUUUCGAUCCUAAAGAAGAAGAAAAUCCCUUCUUUUAUCGAGGUGUUGUACAAAAAGGUCGUGACUUACUUAAAAAGCAAAAUAAAGAAUUGCAGUUUGUAUUCGAUAAAGUUUUUGAUAUGAGUACAUCUAAUUUAGAUGUAUUUGAAGGUAGUACAAAAGAACUCAUUACUAGUUUAUUGGAUGGCUACAAUUGCUCUGUAUUUGCAUAUGGAGCUACCGGAGCUGGAAAAACUCAUACUAUGCUUGGCAAAGAAGGUGAUCCUGGUAUAACUUAUCGUACAAUGGCUGAAUUAUUUGCUGAAAUGGAACUACAAAAGGAUGCAAAAGAUUUUAAUUUAGGUGUUUCUUACUUGGAAAUUUAUAAUGAAAAUGUUCAGGAUUUGUUACACAAAGUUGGACCACUACAUUUACGAGAAGAUGGCAGAGCUGGAGUUGUCGUUGCUGGUUUGAAAAUUAUCAGUAUUCAUAAUGCAGAUGAAUUACUAUCCCUCCUUGCGAAAGGUAAUAAAAAUCGGACUCAACAUGCUACAGAUGCUAAUCAAGAAAGUAGUAGAAGUCAUGCUGUUUUCCAAGUUUACAUAAACAUAUCCAGCAAAAUUGAUGGUCAAGUGAAACAUGUCAAAUUAUCUAUGAUUGAUUUGGCUGGAUCUGAAAGAGCUUCUGCAACAGGAUGCAAAGGAGCACGAUUUAAAGAAGGAGCUAACAUUAAUAAAUCACUUUUAGCUCUAGGAAACUGUAUUAACAAUUUAGCCGAUGGAAUUAAGCACAUUCCUUACAGAGAUUCAAAAUUAACAAGACUCUUAAAAGAUUCUCUAGGAGGAAAUUGCCAAACAGUUAUGAUUGCAAAUAUUAGUCCAUCUAGUGCAAGUUUUGAAGAUACAUAUAAUACACUAAGAUAUGCUAACAGAGCUAAAAAAAUCAAAACCAGCGUUAAAAAAAAUAUUGUUUCUUGUCAAAUGCACGUUACAGGAUACAUUAAAAUGGUUGAAGAUCAAAAGAGGGAAAUAGAAACCUUAAAACAAAAACUAAUAGCAUACGAAAAGGGAACUUUAACUGCUACUGGAGAAAAAUCAAAUGCAAAUAAUGAAGAACAAGCUAGAGAUCUCACCGAAUUUAAUAAUAGACUGACAGAACUUUAUAACAAAAAACGAAUAAUUAAUGAAAAAAUAUUAUCUUUAGAAAGUUCGGAUAAAAUUUUGUAUUGCAGAAUCCUUUAUAAAAAAGCUGCUGAUCAGAGGCUUCAUAAUUUAACAACUACAGUAGAAAUACAUCCACAAGAUGAGCAAAAUGCUAGUGGUAAAUCAAGAGUCAAUAAAUCAUUGCAAUAUUUCAAACGUCAAAGAGAAGGUAUAAAGGUUCAAAUAAAAUCAAUGUGGGAUGAUCUAUGCAAAAUUGAAGAAGAUCUUAUUGAAGUUAUUUUGAAAAUUAAAUCCAAAAACUUAUAUGAAAAGUUGGAAGAUAAAAUAAAUUUCUUGAACUCUGAAGUUGAAACAUUAAGAAUGCAACAACAGUUUGAACAUGCCAAAAAAAUAAGUAGUCUACAACAAUGUGAAAUGGAAUCUGUAUCUACAAUAGUAAAAAUGAUGAGUUCUACAUUACAGACUUAUUACAAUUUGAUGCGUGGUGGAGGUACAAUAACAGAAAAACUAAAACAAGAGUUCAAGCAUUUAGUGAAAUCUUUGGAAGGGAUUAAAAAUAUCAAAUGGUCUGAUAUGAACAUGAACAAGCAAGAAGAAGAUUUUUACAGCACCACAUGCCUCAGUGUGCAAGAUCUUGAAAAUCCAAGCAGAACUAAAAUGAUAGAUUUGCUCGAAAUUGAUUCUGAAGAUGAAGAAUUACGAGUUAUUUCGCCUAAAAAACAACUUCAGAUGACAUUUGAUUGCACACCAACAAAAUUCAGCAGUCCAAUACCUGCUACAUCUGAUGUACUUAAUGGAACGAUUACUCUUGCUGCUGAUCCCGUUGCAGUGAUAGAAGAUGUUAAUGCAGAUGACGUUCCGGCUGAACCAAAACAAUUGAACAGUACAUUUUGUCUCCCAGAAACCAAAAGCAGGAAAAGGGUACUAUCCGACAGCAAAAAUCAGGUAAACUCUAGAACACCACCCAAAGUUGCUAAACGAAUUUCGCCCAAAAAUAAAACUGACGUAAAUGGAACAAUACAGAAUGGCAAGGAAAAUAAUAAAGAAGUCCAGAAAACGACAAUGACUGCUAAAAGUAUAGCUAUCUUGAAUAAAUUGAAGGCAGACAGAAUGAAACCUCCAAUAAACCCACCAACGUUCAAUGGGGAUAUCUCGGAAGUAAGUUUAAAAGCUGUAAGGAACAAAGAGAGAAGAGGACUUACAUCUACUCAUCCUUAUCAAAAACCAAAUCUUCAUAGGGGGACAGCAAAGUUAAAUAACGCCGGCCCUACCAUCGUCUCGAGUGCCAUGGUAAAAAAAGGAAAGACUUCUUGAGAGUACAUCUCAAAUUUGUAAAGAGCAAUUACGUGUAUAUAUCUUUCAAUUAUCACAUUUUUUCGGUUAGUUUGGAAAACCAUUUUAGGUAUGAAGCCUUUGAGUUUGAUGUUUCACCUUUCAAAAAGGCAUAGGCUGUGGUGCAUUUGAUCAUGACAGUAGCUUACAUCAUCUUUACGAAAACAUAAUAAUUAUACCUCGAUGUUUUCUACGAUAAUUUUUUAUGUUUUUUUUUUGUAUGAAAUACUACUACCGAUAUUCUUAGUGAUUAUUAACGAAAACACUUUUUUACAUUAAUAAUUUUCAUUUAGCUAAGUUUAUAAUUAGCAUUCUCCGAAAAUGACUGAAAAUUUUUACGAAAUUGACGUCAAAAUAAUGUAGCUUCUACCUGUAACUUCGAAUACACAACUGAAUCGACUGAAGUACUUUAAAAAAUACUACAAAACAAACGAGGUAUUAUUUCAUAAAACGAAUAGCAAUAAGUUAUUAUUUGAGUUGCUUCGUCUUUUCUUAAUUAUUGUUGAUACGAAUAUACUAAUUAAUAAUAUGGUUAAUAAUUGGCGAAUUAAUGAUAGAGAUUUUUUAUUAUAUAUAGAUCUGAUUGAUUUUUACGAUAUUUACUUGGACAAGUUUUACAUAUAAACUGUAGAAAGCACUUAAGAUUAUAAUUAAUAUUAAAGAUAUAUGUAGUAUUUAUAAGAAAAUAAAAAAAUGGUUGUGUAAGUCUCAAUGUACGUAAUUUGAGAUAUGUAUCAUAAGGAUUA